AAGAAGCAGGAUACGAUAGACCUGUUUUUCUCAAGCGUUAAUUUUGUGUGUGGCUCUGUUUUCUUAUCUCUACUACCAUUGUUCUCAUUUAAGUCUAUGACUUAUAAAGCAUGCAUUAUCUCCUUCACUACCUUUCUAUCAAUCCUAUCAAUCUCCAGGUAGUGGUGUAAUUUGAAGGCAUGUCAGAUCAAGAAAAUGCCUUACCUGAAGACCCAAUGUGGUCCGAGCUAAAGCUUCCAGACUUGUUAUCGACUGAAACUGUUCGUGAAGUCCAUGCCACAAUUGAACACAAAUGGGAUCCCCUCCAACGGUCAGCAUGCCAAACAGCAGCAGGAAGAGCCCUGUGGAAGCAUUUGAUCCAUGAUCCACUAGCAGGCUUGCUUGCAGGCGAGUCAUAUCUUAAAAGCCUAUAUGAGAAGAUAAAGAAAGACCGCAUCAAUAAUGCACGAGAAGUAUCUGGGGUGAUUCUUGCAGUUCGAACUCUUUGGUUUGAUUCAAAACUUGAAGCUGCACUUAAAUCCUUCAAUAGCAAAGAAGCCCAAGUUGUUAUCCUUGGUGCAGGAAUGGAUGCAAGGGCAUACCGUUUAAGCUGCUUGAAGGAUAGUGAUGUUUUUGAAGUUGAUUUUGCCGAAGUCUUGCAAGUGAAAACAACUCUUCUACAGGCAGCAAUGGAUUCCACAUAUGAACGCCAGCAUCUAACGAUGAAAGCAAAAUCCCUGCGCAGAGUGGCAGCUGACGUCAGGGAUGAUGACUGGCUUGAAAAGCUUCAAAUAUCAGGGUUUGUACCAGAGAAGAACACAAUAUGGAUUCUUGAAGGUAUCCUAUACUACCUGUCCCACCCCCAUGCCAUGCAGGUACUAAAGAUCAUAGCUGAGAAGUGUGUCCUUACCCCCACAGUCCUAUUGGCAGAUUUCAUGAACCAACCAUCAACCACGCUUUCAAGUUCAAUCUUCCACUUCUACAGUGAUUGGCCAGAUCAUCUCCUGCCAUCUAUUGGGUUUUCUCACGUUGAGCUUUCACAAAUUGGUGAUCCAGAUGCUCAUUUUGGGCUAAUGCACGAUCCACUAAAUCUGUUCAACAAGCUUCGCAGCUUACCUAGAUCCGUACAACUCAACCCAGAUGAUGGAACACCAUGCUGUCGCUUAUAUUUAGUGCAGGCUUCUGGUUCACCCAAUCAAACCAUUCUCUAGAGAGCCAAAAGAUCAGUAAUAAUACAGACAGCUAGCAUAGAUGUAGGCAUCAUUGUUUGUAGUAUUGCUUAAACAGUACAUAUUGCAUUUGAAAAAUAAUCGGAUGAAAAAACAUGAUUGCCGUUU